AUGUUUGAAGAAAGAAGCAGCAACGAUCUGCUGGAAAUAUUGAAAAGUGUGCAAGUUAUGGUUGGGCAGAAUGGAAACCAGAAUAGCCAUCAUUCCAAGCUGUCAGAUUUUCAGCGAACCAAGCCUCCCAGCUUCAUCCAAGCUAUUGAUCCAUUGGACGCCGACGACUGGCUAAGGACUAUUGAGAGGAAACUGGAGAUUGCUCGCACUGAAGAGGGAGACAAAGUUCCCUUUGCAAUGCAUUAUCUCGAAGGAGCGGCCGCAAUAUGGUGGGAUAAUGCUAAGGCAAUAUGGCCCGCGGACGAGGAAAUUACUUGGAAAAAAUUCAAGGACCAUUUCCGCAAGUAUCAUAUUCCCAUCGGGAUUAUGAAAAUCAAGCAGCGCGAAUUCCUCGCCCUCACUCAAGGCAGCAUGACAGUCAACGAGUAUCUGAAUAAAUUCAACCAUUUGGCUUGCUAUUCUCUCCAUGAUGUGGCCACAGAAGAAUGGAAGAUCGACAGGUUUCUUGGAGGACUGAAUCAGCAUCUCAGGUGCACUCUCAGCAUGUUUGAUUUUCCGGACUUCCUAACUCUGGUGAACAAGGCCCUCAUUGCAGAAAGGGAACACAAGCUCCUCCAUGACAACAAGCCAGCUGUUAACGACCACAAGCGACACUACGCCAGGCAGUGUCCCAAGAACAACAAACAAGUAGCUCCAUUCCAUCUGCAAGUCAACUACAUGGAGCCGUAUUCCGCCCCAGAUAUGAUCCAGGGGCAAAUUCAUCAUAUCUCCGCAGACGAAGCCCAAGAGGACCCGGAAGUCGUCAUGGUAUAUUUCUUGUUAAUGACAUACCCGCCGUAA